UAUAUAUAUAUAUAUAUAUAUAUAUAUAUAUAUAUAUAUAUAUAUAUAUAUAUAUAUAUAUAUGGGCUUUUGUCAUAAAAGCCCCCAAAUUUACAUGAAAAAACCGGUUAUGCCCAAAAUCGUUUUUUUUACCACAAAUGCCUAACAUUUGCCCCUCAUGUUUCAUUUCAAUGUUUUUUUUCUGGUUCCCCUUAAACAACCGGUUACUUCCACCUUUUUAACCCCCAAACAUAAACCUCUUCCGUUAACAUCGAUCCAAAGUCUUUCCCUCCCAUGCUUCUAUUCUCUCCCUCGUCUUCUACCCAAAGUAUCUGUAAAAUGUCGACUUCGUCUGCCAAAUCAAGCUUCCAAGGUGGUCCAACAUUGAGAAAGAAAAGAAUAGUUAGAUGUGGCUGUGGAGAUGUGUGCAAGGUAUCUGUUGUUCGAACACCUGAGAACUAUGGAAAGAAGUUUUACGGGUGCCCUAAUGACAAGGUGGAAGAAGAGGAUUGUGGUUUUUUCAAAUGGUACAAUGAACAAGAUGGUCACAUUAUUGACCCAACUCACACAACGCAGAAGCAGGGGCAGGGGCAGGGGCAUGGACAGUUGAAGACUUUGGUAGAAAUGAUUGUAGGUCUUUUGGUUCUUAUUUUUGUAAUGGUGACAAUAGUUGCUUUGAAGAUGUAAAUGUUGUUUUGAAGAUGUAAAUCAUUUUGGAUUGACUUUUGGUAGAAUGUUUGGGUUGACUUGGCUUUUGGUUUUUA